AUGGCUAUUCAUGCAACACGAACAAGACGGAGAUCGCUCCAAUCUUCUUCGCCAUCGUCAUCGUUGUCAACAAAAUCUUCCAAAUCACAGUCACAGUCACAGUCCCAGUCUCAGUCACAGACCCAGUCACACUCCAAAUGGUGGUUUGUCAUGUUGUUCCAAGUGCAAUUGCUGUUAUCAAACCCAACGACGGUUCACGCAAAUGAUGCAGAGGAGGGCAGACUCAUUCCACUGCGAGACACGACGAUCAAAGACAUGAAACGACAGGGACGUCUGAGUCGGAAUUGUUUUGGUGCUUUGGCCGAAAGCGAUGCCAACCGAGAUGGACGGUUGAGCAAAGAAGAAUAUGUCACCUUUUUGCAAUCCACGACGCCAGAAGGAUUGGUACCAUUGCAAGUGGAAACCUACGGGCGUUUGCCGUUACUUUUGCAGAGUACAUUCUUUGCCUUGUCUUGUAUCUGUCCAGAAGCAAACAGUUGUUGUUUGGCAGCUGAUCCUUAUCUGCCAAUCUUUGAUAUGGAUGCUGCCAAUGACGACGAACAAGAGUACAUGGAAUCCCUGUGCCGGGUGACCCAAUCGGCAGUGGAACAAAUCAUUCAGGAAGAGCAAUUUCCAACAGCCACUCCCACUGUCGAAAUUACCGAUAGUCCAACGAUAUCACCCACAAUCGUCGUGCCCACCAGGCCGCCUACACCAGACGAUACUCCUGUUCCCACCAUGGUGCCAUCCGUAUCACCGACUACAAGUGCACCAACACCCCUUCCAACAAUAACACCAACCACUGCCAGUCCAACGAUAGCACCAACACCACUUCCUACACCAUCACCCACUACCUCGGCUCCAUCCAACAGACCCACUAGACAAGAUAGUAAUACUCCAACAGCGACACCAUCACUGACGCCUACAGUCAUGGAGAGUGAUAUGCCAACCCCUAGUCCAACGUUGGCACCAACAGUCAUGGAGAGUGAUGCACCAACCCCUAGUCCAUCCGUGACACCAACAGUCAUGGAGAGUGAUAUGCCAACACCUAGUCCAUCCGUGACGCCAACUGUCGUGGAGAGCGACAUGCCAACACCUAGUCCAUCCGUGACUCCAACAGUCAUGGAGAGCGAUACACCAACAGCCAGCCCAUCUGUGACGCCAACAAGAAUGGAUAGUAGCUUGCCAACACCUAGUCCAUCCGUGAUGCCAACAAUCGUGGAUAGCUCAGAACCUACUACUUUGACACCAUCAGUAACACCAACCGUCAUGGACAGUGAUACUCCCACAACAAGUCCAUCUGUGACACCGACGGUCAUGGACAGUGAUACUCCCACAACGAGUCCAUCUCUUGUUCCGUCAAUCAUGGACAGCGAUGUUCCCACAACGAGUCCUUCAGAAUCACCAUCGAUUGGAGAUAGUGGGAGACCGACUUUUGUACCAUCGGUCAAUCCAUCGGCAACGCCAACGAUUAAUGACAGCGACAUUCCAACCACUGCACCGUCACUUGGUCCCAGUUCCAUUCCUACCAUUGCCGAUUCCAAUCUUCCUUCCGUUGUGCCAUCAUUGGGACCAAGUUCCACUCCUUCUACGAGUGCUCCUUCCAAUCUACCAACCAAGGUUCAAUCCGGAGUACCAACCACCACGCCUUCGAAUCUUCCAAGUGGAAUGCCAUCCAUAUUGCCUUCGACUCUUCCAUCACUGGCACCAAGCAUUCUACCAAGUGGAAUGCCAUCCAUAUUGCCUUCGACUCUUCCAUCACUGGCACCAAGCAUUCUACCAAGUGGAAUGCCAUCCAUAUUGCCUUCCAUCGAACCAUCUUUGGCACCAAGCAUUCUACCAAGUGGAAUCCCAUCCAGUGCUCCCACGACGGCGGCACCAUCGGGAUUGCCAUCGAUUGGUCCCACCAAUCUCCCAUCGGUACCACCCACCUUUGGACCUACCGUUUCGGCAGCUCCCACACCCGUUCCCUCGGUCUCAUCCGCUCCCAGUGUUAGUCCCGCACCGUCCCAAUCGCAAUUGACGACGAUACGGACCUCGUACACCAUCAUUGUCUCGCCCACGAACGUGACGCAAGAAACGUAUAUCUUUGAUUUGAUUGGGGCCAUGGACAUUGUGGCGGCCGAAACGGCUGCUGAAGUGGAGGCUUUGCCAGUGGAAGGAGUAGUUUCCAACAGCAAUUUGCGAAAAAGGGGUAGAGAGCUUAUUGCCGUGGUGGGAACACAAGAGCAAAAGCAACGAGAAAGACAACGAAGACGAUUGGAAGUUCGGGUACAAUUGCCAACGGGGAUUGAACGAAUUGAAAGUAUCGCUCCAACGGGUAGCAGAGAUUGCCCAAACGAUUUGGACGAGGAAACCUCAGUAUGCCGUAUUGUGGAUGCAGAAGUACGGUUGGCUGUCACGAAUGAACAUGACAAUCAAGAGACGAUUGAUCUAUUCCGUGAAAAGCUCGAAGAAAAUAUUCAAAACGGUAGAUUGAUUGAAGGUUUGUCCCUAGUGGAAGCUAAUUCGCCAGUGACGAUUGCCACUGGGGACUCCAGUAAUAUUGGUGGUGAUGGUGAUAGAUCCAUUGCUGCCGAACCAGACGGUAUCAAUUUGGGAACUGGUUCGAUUAUUGGUAUUGCCCUGGCUGCCAUUGUCAUUUGCGUUGGUUCCGUCUUUUUGCAACGCCAGGCUGUACGACAACAAGAAGAUCGACAGGCACAAUACGCUUCCAUGAUUGAACCAGUCCAAGAUGGGGACCUUGGUGAAAAUGCUUCGGAAUCGGAUAGUUCCGAAAAGGGAUAUGCCAUGCCAUUUUUACAGUUCCAACAAGAAGGAGGGGAAGGAGAGCCCAAGGUUACCCAACAACGUGGCGAAUCUGAAAGUACAGCAGCACGAACAUCACCCUCCAAGAAGGAAGGAGCUACGGACGGUGGUAAUCAAAGUGAUGAUGUGUCCUAUGAGAAUUCCUCCGGAUGGUCGGAUAACUAUUCGGAAUCCAUGGGAUCCGUCGAUACUGGCGACAUUGAUAGUCCCGAGAAGAAGGGACCUGGGGACAGCUCGGGCGAUGCUCAAGUCUCGGAGCGACUAGAUGAAAUGGAGGCUGCCAUGAAGGCCGGGGAUUGGUCUUCAGUGGGUGCUUCGGCCGCCCUCCUAGCAGCGUCCCAAGAUGACCGUGGCAAUGGAGUUACUCCAUCGAAUUCCUUGCUCAAGGGAAACAUGGACGAAACCAAAAUGGAUCAAGAAACUGCCGAACAAUUUGAACAAAUGAUUAAUGCCGGGGAUUGGGAAGGCGUCAUUCAAGCUGCUGCCAAGUUGGAAGCCACCAAGUCUUUGGACGUCUCGGCGGAAGACUACGAAGAAGGAGGUGGAGGCUCUCCAACAUCCUCUGGUGCUUCCAUGCCAGGCUCGGAUGGUGGUGGGACUACCAAUUCUGGAGAUGACUCUGGGCCCUUUCCGGAGGACCAUCGUUCCUUGUCGCCAGGGACUGACGAUGGACCAAGCGAAGAAACACGUGCCGAAGUGAUUGAACUUGUCAACAAGGUGGUUCCCGAAGAGUCUGAAAAUGUCGAUGAAAUGUUGGCCCAAUUCAAGGGACGAGAGCACGAGCUCUUGGAAACCUUACGGACCAUGCAAGAACGCGAUGUUGCUCUCAAGGCCAAGAGAGCUGCCGACCAACAAACCAAGCUGGGACUUACGGCGGAUCAAAAAGAUGAAAAGAUGCAACGCAAGUUGGCAGCCAUAGAAGCUGCAAAGAUUGUGGAUGACGAUGAAAACGAGAAUCUGAUUCAUGACGACGACGACGAUGAUGAUAGUGCCUCCCUGUAA